AUAUUUCUAUUAAAACUUCGCCGUGAUGCGUGCCGUAGGUUAGCCAUCUAAGGAAGGUUCAGAAAAUCCGAUAUGAUUUUUUUCUGAAAAUGCAAUUUUACAAUAUGGCAACUUUCCAUUUAAACUUUUUGUUUUUAUUUGCGAAAGGAAAUAAUAGUAUUUGAAAAGUGGUAGUUAACGAUGCUACAUAUUAAUGUCAAGCUUCAUGUCAUGUUUUAUGAAUUUCUUCUGGGAACCGUAAUUCUAGUUUUGAUGAUGUUUCGUAUGGUAUACUUGCUUCAAAAGAUAAAGUUGACUUUGGAGAAGGAGUCCAAAAAUUAUGCAAUUUUAUAAUUAUUAGAAGUCUGCUUUAGUACCAAAGCUUCCCAAUGGAUACCAGCAAAACGAGAAGUAUCAAAUCUCUUUUGUUGCAGGCAUGGAGAGAAAGAUGGUCAGAUGUUACAUGGGGAAUUCGUAUCAAAAGUGUACUACCACGAGGUGUCAGUGGUGAUGUUUAUGAUUUAGCUGACUGCAUCCUUCAGCAAGCUUUAGUUGGACCUGGACCUAAUAAUUUGUUUAUGUCUUAUCUGAUGCAUUCCCUGAGUUCACGUGUUGUGUCAUAUGGAGCUGUCCUAUCCAGUAUUGGAAGAUAUCAAAGUUUUUACAAACCCUAUUGUAUAUUAAGUCUUCUGGAUCUGCUAAAAACUUUUCAAUCUAGAAUUGGAUGCCAUGGGAAUGAAGAAGAAUGCAUAGCACUAUGUAAAGCUGUUGUUAGUGUAACCCAUUGGCUAUAUUCUUGUGUAUUUCAUUCAAUCACAAAGUUAGCUGAGCUUAAACAAAGCCCAGAACAUAUAUCUAUAAUGGAAAAGUCAUAUGAAGCUCUUUUUUACUUCAGUAAUUCUAAUUUCAUCAAAUCCUUGUUGUUUGUUGGAAAAUUUGAAGACCAGGGUAUGUAUGCACAAAUGUUGCAGAAGCAUAGGGAACUUGAAAAUAAAAUAACUCAAGUUACAAGCAAUACAAAUGUGACUAAAGAAACUAUUGAAGGUGCUCUUAGUUUGGUUAGCUCUGUUGAUAGUUUGCCUAUGGUUCCAUAUGAACGAAUUCCAAAAAGUAAUGAAAGACUCCAAAUAUUAGCCAGUACUUUGAAUAUAAUGGUAGGCAUUGAUGCUAUUCUAAAUCCUGCUAGUGAUGUGACAGCAUUUGUAAAUCAGUUACUUCUGGUGAAGAAACUCCAGAGCUUUAAAUUGUCUCAGCUUUAUUGUGAAAUUAUUCGAGCUUGCUUUAUUGGCAUAAUUGAUGCUUCUGGUUCUUCGGAAGAUCUAAAAUGGUUUGCUUUUAGCUUUCUUAAGGUUCCACAUUUGAUUUCUAAAAUUCAUUCCAUUCAAACAGAGAAUGAAGAAGAUGCUUUGGAAAAAGGGUUAGAUAUAUUAUUACAGUACUCACCUUUGCUUGAUUUGACUGAUCUGAAAAGUAAUUGUGAUUGUCUUCAGUAUUUAACAAAUGAAUUUUGUAAAGUUGGGAUGCUAACUGAAGCUCAAAUGCGUAAAUUAGUUACUCGUAGGCAAAGUGAAACUUUUAAACAUUCAGCUCCUAAACAAAACCAGCAAGGUGGACAGGCCAAUGCAACAUUCAUUUUAAGAGCUGAAACUACUGUUAUUAGCAUUUUGAGAUCAUUAGAUUCAGAUUAUUCCAGAAUUCAAGAUAAACUUUUAGGAGUUUUAUGCCACAUGGUUACUGGAAAGAAUUUUGAACUGAUUCUUUCAGCAGCAGCUGCAACAGGAAAAUUGCACACUUUCACUGCAAAACUCAUUCAUUUUAAUGAUUACAAUCAAGUGGUAACUGCAGAGACAGUAAAAGCAUCCCAAAUUAGAGCUCUCUUAUUUGACGUUACAUUCCUUCUGUUAUGUCACAUAACUCAGUAUUAUGGAAUUGAAAUAGUAACUGGAAUUCCAGAUAAAAAGGAUUCUUUUUUUGUGCAGUGGGCAUCUGAAUGCUUAGCUGAAGGUGGAAAAUUUAAGUGUCCAGAAUUAUUAUUAUCCAGAUGUGAUAUGGGCAGUGUUGAUGCUCUUCUAUCUCAGUUUCUGAACACUGAACAAGAAAUUAAGACACAUCAAGUAAAAUGGCAUGAGGUAUGUAUUAAUGCCCCUUCUGCUGCGAGGGAAAUUCUCGUUGCAUGGGAACAUGGUGCAUUAUCUACUGAAAAGGUGAAGGUAAUUUUGGAUCAUAUUAAGGGGCAGAUGUGUUUCUUACCUGUUUGUAUAUCUGCUUGGCUUUGCAAUUAUAUAAACGUACUUCAUCAUGAGGAGCGUCUGAAACCCAUGAAUAUGCUUCAGCAAUUUAUGGCACCUCUUCUCUUAGAGUCUACUUCAUCUCCAGCAGAGUCACCUUCUGGUAGUGGUCGUCAGACACCACAGAUGCCAGGAAAUGAUCAGAGUAACUUGUAUUAUACAGAACGAUCUACUUUGAUGGUAGGCAUUAUUAACAAAAUGUUGUAUGACCUUCAUCCUCCACCUCAAGCAAAAUUCAAAUUAGCUCCACUCAUACCUCAUGGAUUAACUAUACGAGCUCCAUUAGGAAAUAUCCUUGAUGAAGUGUUUACUGGAGUUCAUUUUAGAGGAUGGUUAGAUUUGAAAUCUAUUCAUUAUUUUGACACUUUAUUAUGUGUUGGUGGAGCUCGUUGGUUAUGCGAGGUUCUUGUGCGCCGAAUACUUAGUUAUCAGUUUUCAAAGGAUAUAAACAAAGCAGUUGACAUGGUUUUAGGUAUCUUCUAUCUGGAUAUUGAACAGUGUGCACUAGCUCUUUUAUUGCAUGUUCUCCCUUUUUAUUUAUAUAGUGAUGCUCAUCAAGAGCAGUUGGCUGAACCAUAUGGUACCGCCCUUUCCCGUUUGACAGUGAUAACAACUUAUGCUGCUUUACAGUCAAGACAGUGUUCUUCUGUGACAGGAAGCAAGAGUGGAUGCAAGAGAAGUCACAGGGAAGUUGACAUUGAUGAUUCUAGAGAUCCUAGUGAACACAGUCGACCAAGCAAAAUACAUAGGAGCAAUGCAGAGCUUCUAGAGGAUACACCUUUCGAAUUACAAUCACUAAGUGAUGAUCAUUUGCGCAAUGCAGUUGCAAAUCCUAUAAAUAAAGCCAUUGCAGAUUUGAUGAGAACUUUGCUAGUAAUUGCAUCUGAUGCCACAAUUAGUGCAAGAUCGCAUUUCCCAAUUCGAUUUCUUGAACAGGUUGUAUUGUGUGCCAAGGAUCAAGCUUCUGCUAUGUUGCAGUUUAUGCCUUUAGGUCUUGUUGGCUUGUUAUUAAAAAAAUUCCCUGAAGAAUUUAAUCAUGAAUUAAUACUUGCUGUAAGUAGUAUGCAAAGUCCUAGAGCUCGUAAGGUAGCGGCAUUAAGUCUCUGUCAGCUUACCAUUGCACAAAAUAGACUUACAAGUAAAAAUCAGUGCUGGCUUGGAUUUUAAUAUGUGUAUCUGUGAUGUAAAUUUUUAUAUGAGUGUAAAAAUAUUUUUGUAUGAUAUUCCUUAGGAAGGAAACAAUGUAGCAUUAUCUCCUAAUUUUAUUUCAUCGUAGAAAACCUUUCAGAUUUACUAGCAGAAUAUUCUAAAAAUAAUUGAAAUGCCAUGAAACCUUAGUUCACAAACAUCUGAAAUGCUCAUAAACUGAGACAAAUGUUCUCAUAGAAAUUAAUGCAAGAUGAAUUAAUUUGUUCUCGCAUUCCAAAUGUUUGCUUAGAAAAGAGUGUAUGUAAGUUUAUCUUGAAAAACCAAUGGAAUUCGUUAAAUUUUAAACAUACACAAUAAUAACAUAUAUGCAGUGUUUAUUACAAUACUAAAGCUAUAAAAAAAUAGGAAAACUUGAAUUAAAUUUUACUGUUUAUCUUCGAAAGAAAGUUGACAGGGUAAGUAGAAAGCGGUGAAGAAACCAAAGAUUAAGAUGUUAUUGUUUAAGAAUGAAGUUGUAUUUCAUUAAAAUAUUAGGUAGUUGCUGUCUUUCUGGAGAAAUUUUUUCUUUUGCUUUUCUCUUAACACCUCUAUUUGGGAAUUACUGAGCCUUUCCCUUUUCAAAAUUUUUUCACUUUCGGUUGUUUCUGUCUGUGUUUUAAAAAGUUCUCAAGGAAGACAUGGCAUUGUUAUUGUAAAUAUUUUUCUAAAGUUUACUAAAACUUUUAACUUCUAAAGUUAUUUAUUCUAAAGUUAUCAGGGUGAUAAUGUUCUAUAAACUUUGCACCUGACCCAUUUACCAUGAAUUUUGUAAUCAUAUAACCAAGGCUAUUUAUCUCCUUUCCAUGUUCUUCUUCUAAUGACAUUUCCUCCAGUGAAUUAACUGGAUUUGAGUAUUAUUUGUGGCUGACUUACUUGUUUGUAUCUCAAGACACUGUUCAUCAUCCAGGACAUUUUUCAUUUAGAAAAUUUGUUCAUGAUUCAAGGCAUCUAUGAACCAAGAUUUCACUGUAUUUACAUUUAUAUGUUAACUUUAUAAAACAGCAGUUUUAAAGCAUUUUAAGUCAGAAUUCUUUUUAAACUCAAAAAGUUGCAUGAAAACUGUAAAUGAAAAAAAUUUAGUUUUAAUUUUCAAAAUGCAUUAGAUAAAUUAUUUGCAAAAUUCUAAGUACAAAGAAUACCCACCCCCUCUCUAUUUUAUGUUUUUCUUCUCUCUGUUUUUAGGGGGAGGAUUAUUUUUUCCAUAUAAAUGUAGAGUCAUUAGGAUGUUUUUUUUUAGAGGCCAGCAAAAUGAAAAAUUAGCAAACGCCUUCGCCGGGAAUCAAACCACAGACCUCUGAAAUACCGGCUCAGU